CUUUCUCUACAGCGGCAGUCUCAACCGUGGCCUCACGGCAAGCAAACGCAGAUAAAAUGGCUUGCUGACGUAAACAAGACUUUACAUGUAAACAAUAGUGUAAACAACGAUAUGUGGGUAGAUGUAAGUGGCCGCGAAAAACACAGCUACAUGACACAGACCAACGGCUCAUUUAUACCAGGGUACACUGGACAUUGUCCUAUGCUCAAGUUUCGCUUCGGGAAAUGCUACGGUGACAACACGAGACAAAUCCUAAGGGAAAUACGAUCCAAGGGACUGUUCAACAAGCCGCUGGAAUACCGCAAAGGCGACAACUACGAGCUAGACAACAUGCCGCGUUACAAUAAACCUCAGAGAGACGUGUAUGACGGACUGACCAACAGACAGCCAGCCUACAUGACCGGCUACACUGGAUACGUGCCCGGGAUGAGUUUCAGAUACGGAAAGUCCUACGGGCGUGCGGCAGACGACUGCAUGACCGACUUCACUGAGCGCCAACGCGACCUGAGACGCAAGGCCGACUUCAACAAGACGUAUUCUAGAUCCAAGAGCGCGCCUAAAAUGGAGACCAUACAUUCCCGGGACGAGAUACGCCGAGAUCUCAGUCGGUUUAGAGAGAUUAACAAGUAUAAAGAAAAUACGAUUUCGCCGGAAUUUCCACCGAUAGCAGGCUAUACUGGUCAUAUCCCAAGAAUCAAAGGCUCUGAAGCGUCUCUUAGUCAAAGAUAUCACUGCGCAGCCAAACGAGGUCUCGAGUUAAUAAAAAAGGAGAAAGAAAAGCGUACAGAAUUGCAAAACGCCGACGCCAGCAUAAGAGCUAUUCUUAAAACCCCAGAGAGGAAGUAUUCUUAUUUUAAUUGGGGAUAGCAUACAGGCAGAAGAAUGUUCUUUACCAAAUGUAGAUGAUCAAGAACAUUCUUCUAUAAACCAAUCAGUAUUUUGUUGAAUUUUAACGUUGUACACAGAAGCAAUAUUUUAGGUGAUAGGUAACGGUAUAAAUGUGCAAUACUAAACAGAUGUAGAGUUAACUAUUAAUAUCUUCAAUCUGUUUUUUGAAUGUUACUCAUAAAUAAAGCUUAAACUGCAUUCAAAGAGUAUUGAAACUAUACUUCCAAUUUGUCAAUGCUGUUGCUGAUAUCAGUAUUUCAUUUCAUUGUUGUAAAUAGGAAAGUCAUCAAGUGUUAUAUUAGAUAAAUAUAAGUAUAUCAAUUGUUGAGUU